GAAACGCCCAUUUCCGAUCCACACCUUCAGCGCCGCUGGAUCGGUUUCCUCCUCAUUCAGGAGCUCGUUUUUUGCAGCCUGGAUGGUGGAUGAUCACCGCAGUUCAACCGCAACAGAUGUCUGAGAGCUAGCCAGCUGAGUGGAGGACUCCCCUCUCUGCCCGUGCUCUCCACCUGCAGCCAUGAAUGGCGGAGCCAGUGUGUGGGCCGUCACUCCGGAGGAGAGGGAGAAAUACGAUAAACAGUUCGACACGCUCGCCCCCGCCCUCGGCUACGUCUCCGGAGAACAAGCCAGGAAUUUCUUCCUCAGGUCCGGCCUGCCCGCUUGCGUCUUGGCUGAGAUCUGGAACAUUGCUGACAUGGACAGCGACGGGAAGAUGGACAGACAUGAGUUUUCCAUCGCUAUGAAGCUAGUAAAACUCAAACUUCAGGGGCGGAACUUACCUUCCGUCCUGCCAAACCCCAUGAAGCAACUUCCCGUCUCCAUUUCUGCUCCAACCAUCCCUUUGUCAGCACGCUUUGGGAUGGGUUCUAUGCCAAACCUGUCAAUCGGUCUGUCAUCCAUGUCAUCUAUGUCAGCCAUGCCCAUCCUAACACCUUUCCCGGCUAACCCCUCCAUGCACGCCGUGCAAACCUUUGUGCCAACACCAAUGACCCUGCCCCUCGUCAACUGCCUGGGAAACUCUGGCCUCCCAAACGGCAACGUUAACCUCCUAACCCCGCCUCUCCUUCCCAACAACUCAGCGCUCCCCCUCUCUGGAUUUUCCUCCCCUGUGGCGUUCUCUCCGUCCACCGGGAUGUCCAACGCCAACUCUCUUCUGGACCUUGGAUCCAGCAGUUCAAACUCUUCCUCCACCACGUCUCUGGCCGGCAACUCCCCGAAAACGGGCGCGAGCGAUUGGGCCGUCCCGCAGGGCUCGAGACUCAAGUACCGCCAGCAGUUCAACACGCUGGACAAGCUCAUGAGUGGCUACUUGUCCGGACCUCAGGUGAGAAAUGCGCUGAUCGCAUCCAACCUCACCCAGACUCAGCUCGCCACCAUAUGGAACUUGGCAGACGUGGACAAGGACGGUCAACUGCAAGCUGACGAAUUCAUCCUGGCCAUGCACCUUGUGGACAUGGCUAAAACUGGCCGACCUCUACCCCUCACACUGCCUCAGGACCUGGUGCCUCCUUCCCUCAGAGGAGGAAUUAAGCCCGGUGAGCUUGUCAAUGGAACAGGGCCCUACAUCCCUCCUUGUUUAAUGGACACACCAGAGGUGGAACCUGCCCUAAAGACCAGGAGCAGUGUGUCUUUCGAGGACAAGCUGAAGGAGAACUUUGCGCGAGGCAGCGCCGAGCUGGAGAAACGUCGACUGGCUCUGGAGGAGGAGCGGAGAAGGGAGAGGGAAAGGAGAGACCGGGAGGAGAAGGAGGCCCAUGAAAGGAGGGAGCGGGAGGCGAGGGAGCAGGAAAACCGGAGGAGGCUGGAGGUGGAGAGGCAGAGGGAAAUGGAGAGACAGAGGGAGGAGGAGAGGUUGAGAGAGCUGGAGAGGAGGGAGGCGGCCAAGCUGGAGAUGGAGCGCCAGCAGAGGGAGGAGUGGGAGCGCGCGAUGAGACAGGAGCUCGGCGGAAGGAGAGAGGGGGAGCAGGGGGAGAUCUCCCGACUUAGGGCCAAAAAGAAGAGCCUAGAGCUGGAGCUGGAGGAUGUGGGCAACAAGCACAAGCAGAUCUCGGGCCGCCUCCGCGACGCUCAGAGCAAGAGGCGGAUCCUGAAGGCCGAGGUGGACCACGUCAAUCAGAAGAGGGACUCGCGCAACAUAGAGAUCAACACGCUGCAGCUCCAGUUGGAGGACUGGCAGAAGAAGCUCUCGCUGCUGGUCCCGGAACAACAUCGGCUGACAGAAAAGCUGCGAAACAUCCACCUCAACAAAAUCUCCCCGAUGACUCUGGCCUCCCUGAGCGGGAGUGUGACGGAGAAAGGAGGGAAUUGCCGGAGGCUGAAGGGCCAGCUCGACACUCUGGAGAGGGAGACCACCGACAAGCUGGCCCAGAUGGAGCAGUACAACAAGGAGCUGAAGCUCGGGGAUAUGGAUGACUGUGUCCUGCGAGGCCUUCUGUCUCUGCUGGCCUGCCUCAGCCAGCUCUUCCUUCUCAUCAAGGAGCUGAGAGAGAAGCAGGUGAGGCAGCAGGCUGUCCUGGACGACCUGCACAGAGUCAAAGAGGAGAAACUGAGAGAGCUGCAGAGGCGCAGGGAGGAGGAGAUGGAGAGGAAGAGGAGGGAGGAGGAGUUGGAGAGGAAGAGAAGGGAGGAAGAAGAGGCGGCCCGGCAGGCGAAGCUAGAGAAAGAGAGAAGACAGCAGGAGAAGGAGGAAGAGGAGGCACGUCAGAGGAGGCUCCUGGAGGAGCAGAGGGCCAUACAGAGGGAGGCGGAGGAGAGGCAGGCACAGGCGAGCCUCCAGGCAGCACAGGAGAAAGCCCAGGAGGAGGAGAGAAGGAGGAGAGAGGAGGAGGGGAAGGAGAAAAGGAAGAGGGAGGAGGAGCAGGAAAGGAAACGAAAAGAGGAGGAAGACGAGGAGGAGAAGAGAAGGAAAGAAGAGCAGGAAAGAGGAGAGCCGGCGUCGGCGGCUCAGCGACCCUCGGAGCUGACGGCGUACCGCGCUCUCUACUCGUUUGCUGCCCGGAACGCAGACGAGCUGAGUGUCGAUGCGGGAGGCCUCAUAGAGGUGGAUGAGCAGACCGUCGGUGAGCCCGGCUGGUUUUGCGGGCGUUACCGCGGAAACCGGGGCUGGUUCCCCCAGAGUUACGCGGAGAAAUGUCCAACCCGCUCUACCGCCGACACGGCCGCCCCUCCUUCACCCGGAAGGCUGUCCUGUCCGCCGCCGCCACCGCUCAACUCAAGAGUCCCAGACAGGGAGGUGGCGUGUGGCAGCCCUCUACCGGCGCAACCGGAUGCCUCACAGACAUCUGUCCCUCUGUUGGCUCGAGCCGUGUCCUCGUGGUCGGCCACCUCAGAAAAAAGCCUCAACCUCGGCUCGGGCACGGGUGACGUCAUCACUGCAAUGCUGAGCUUCUCCCUGGGCGACAUCAUCAGCGUGCUGCAGCAGAGGGAAGACUGGUGGUUGGGGCAGCUCAACGGGACUCAGGGAUGGUUCCCCAAAAGCUACGUCGCUUUGGAGACGGGAGGCAAUACUGAUGUGGAUGGAUAUGACACACCUGACACGGCUCAGCUAGAAGAGUACGUGGCUCUGUACACGUAUGAGAGCCCGGAGGUGGGGGACCUGACGUUUGUUGAGGGCGAUGUUGUCGUGGUGACAGAGAGAGAAGGAGAAUGGUGGCGAGGAUGCAUCGGGGAUCAGACUGGAGUUUUCCCCUCUAACUAUGUCCGACCUGUUGAACCGGAGCUGUCAAAACCUGGAGCGCCAAUCAAAAAGCCUGAGAUCGCCCAGGCAGUCACAGCGGCUGCCGUCGCCCCGGCGACUCAUCAGCUGCAUCUGUCUCCGGGGCAACUGAUAGUUGUCCUGGCCAAGAACUCCGCUGGCUGGUGGCUCGGGGAACUGCAGGCUCGAGGCAAGAAGCGGCAGAGAGGCUGGUUCCAUUCCUCCCACGUCAAGCUCCUCGGCCCCUCCAGCAGCAAGUCCUCCCCCUCCCCUCUGCCGGUGUGCCAAGUUAUUGCAAUGUACGACUACACGGCCGCCAAUCGAGACGAGCUGAGCUUCUCCAAGGGUCAGCUGAUCAGCAUCCUGGACAAGACCAACCCCGACUGGUGGAAAGGAGACGCCAACGGGGUCACAGGCCUGCUGCCCACCAAUUAUGUCACCAUGACGACCGAAUCAGACCCCAGCCAGCAAUGGUGCGCUGACCUGAUGACGUUGGACACGAUGACCCCUCAGGAGAGGAAGAGGCAGGGUUACAUCCACGAGCUCAUUCGGACUGAGGAGACCUACGUGGAGGACCUGGAGCUGGUUCUGGAAGUUUUCUACAAGCCCAUGUCCGAGUCAGGCCGGCUUACAGAAGCUGAGAUGGGAGUGAUCUUUGUUAACUGGAGGGAGCUGAUUAUGUGCAACACCAAAUUACUGAAAGCGCUGCGCGUCCGCAAAAGGACGGAAGGAGAGAACAUGCCGGUUGAGCUGAUCGGGCACCUGUUGGCUUCGGAGCUGGCGCACAUGCAGCCCUACAUCCGCUUCUGCUCCUGCCAGCUCAACGCCGCCGCCCUGCUGCAGAGCAAAACCCACCACCAGCCCGACUUCAAAGACUUCCUCAGGAAAAUAGCCACAAACUACCGCUGCAAAGGAAUGCCGCUGUCCAGCUUCCUCCUGAAGCCCAUGCAGAGGAUCACACGCUACCCGCUGCUCAUAAAGAACAUCCUGGAGCACACCCCGGACUGCCACGGCGACCGCGGCCCGCUGAGGGAGGCCCUGCAGCGGGCGGAGGAGCUGUGCUCUCAGGUCAACGAGGGAGUCCGCGAGAAGGAGAACUCGGACCGGCUGGAGUGGACACAGAGCCACGUGCAGUGCGAAGGCGCGAUAGAGCACUUGGUCUUCAACUCGCUGACCAACUGCCUCGGGCCUCGCAAGCUGCUCCACAGCGGCCGUCUGUACAAAACCAAGAGCAGCAGGGAGCUGUGGGCUUUCCUCUUCAACGACUUCCUGCUCCUCACACACAGCGCCAAACCCUUCUCCUCCUCGGGACCAGACAAGCUCUUCAGCCUCAAGACCAGCAUACAGCUGAAGAUGUACAAAACGCCACUGUUUCUAAACGAGGUGUUGGUGAAAAGGCCCUCGGACCCGUCCAGCGACGAGCCCAUCUUCCACGUCUCGCACGUCGAUCGCGUCUACACGCUGAAAACCGAGACCUUGACCGAGAGGACGCACGUGUGUCGCUGCUUCGGUAGGACGACGUGGGUCCAGAAGAUCAAAGCGGCAUCUGAACACUUCAUAGAGACGGAGAAGAAGAAGAGGGAGAAGGCGUACCAAGCACGUUCCUUAAAGAGCAGCGGUAUCGGACGACUGAUGGUUACUGUCUCUGAAGCCCUGGAGCUCAAAGCCUGUAAACCCAACGGUAGGAGCAACCCGUACUGUGAGCUGACGAUGGGGGCUCAGUGCUACACGUCCCGACCGAUCAGCGACACUCUGAACCCAAAGUGGAACUUCCACUGCCAGUUCUUUGUCAAAGACCUCUACCAGGACAUCCUGUGCGUCACUGUGUUCGAGAAAGACCAGUUCUCACCAGACGAUUUUCUGGGUCGUACUGAAGUUCCUGUGGCAACCAUAAAGAAAGAGAUGGAGAGCAAAGGAGCAGCGAACCGUCGCCUGCUCCUGCACGAAGUCCCCACUGGAGAAGUUUGGGUCAAACUAGACCUGCAGCUUUACGAGCCAACCAAAUGAGGACAACACACAGCCCAAAUACUCAUUCAGGGACUAGUAAUGAAGAGAGGACAUUUUGCAUGUUUAUUAACAGAUGCAUUCAUCUGGAAGGGGCUAUUUGUAGCGAGGGUUCCCUCAAAAAAAAUGUUUUGCCACCACCGCCUUUUUUUGCCUCAACUCAUUAAACUGACCCUACCAACAAAAGGUCUCAUCAUCUCUUACCCGGGAUGACAAGGUGAUGAAGUAUGUAUAUAAUGUAUAGUUGCAGCCGUUAGUGAGCGGUGGCGCAGAAUUUGCCGUUUAUUUUUGUAAUCAUUUGACAAGAUAUUACGCUCCGUGAGAGUACCCCUUACACCCAUUGAUUUGGAGAUAUAACAUGUGUUUGUACUACAUAGGUCUAAAAGAAAAGUAAUAGCAUUCAUAUGAUCAAAAAAUCCCCUCAAAUAUAAAAUUGGAAUAUUUAGUCUCAACCACUGGCAGUCGACCUUACAGUGUCCUGUUUGUGACGGUAAUUCAACUUUUUUUACAUUAGGAAGAUUACAGCCGCCUUUACCCAGAAACAUUUUACCAUGCCAUGUUUCACCAGCAGCACCAAUGUCUCCAUUACCUUUAGCAGCCCGGUGAUCUCCAAAUGCAGCUCCUGUGCGUGGUCACGUGAUGGUCAGUGAGAGCUGCUGCAGGCGCAUGCAUCACCUUCUGCUCAAUGUCCUUCGUUAGUAAGCAAGGAUCGUUAAUUAGCACUACCACGUUUUCUGUCAACUCCCGCAGCCUCAUCACUUUGAGUUAAGGAUAUAUGACAACCAGAACGUUAGGGUUUAGACACCGUCUGAACCUCCUGGGGAGAUUAGUUCCAUGAGAACUUGAUAUGAGCCGUAAAUCAUUUUGUAUCCUCGGGUUGGAGAGAUGCUGAAAAGGAUUGAUUUGUUGAGCUAGCUUGCCAACGUUGAAGUUGUGUUUAAGGACGUCAUUAAAGAUCUGAUUUUUAUUUCCACACAAAUGUUUCGUGUAGGAAACAACUUCUUUUCAUGACCAUCUCGCAGGCAAAAGUAGAAAAUUCAACCACGAUGCCAUUGGUCAAAAAUUUGAGAUCAAGAUUCUGUUGGACUCCAGAUCCUACAUUGAAAUCAAUGCCUAGUUUCUUGCAUCUGGAAAAAAGAGGACAAUGUUCUACAUGAGGUCUUGAAAGGAUUCGCUGAAUUUCAUAUUCCCUUAAUUGCCACAGAUUAAGUUUGAUGUGGUUUCCUACAUCUUGAUUCUUGGUUGCAGCGUUGCACGUAUGCCGUAAACCAUUUUUCAUUAAAAACCUUGCAAGGAAAACUAUUUGUUUU